AUGGUUUGCGGCGGUUGCUUGGUAACCAGUCACAACGGCUAGAGGACACGGGGAAAGGGGACCCUAUUCCGGCGCGCGCGGCUCGCGAGCAGUCCCAGCCUCUCGCGCCUCCAUGUCGUACUCGCACCCUCCCAGGCGCACGGGGCUGCCGCGCGCCGUGCUGAGGUGGCUGCAGAGCCUGGACCUGAGCUUCUUCCCCAGGAACUUCCGACGGGACUUCUCCAACGGCUACCUCAUCGCUGAGAUCUUCUCCUGGUACUACCCCGGGGACAUCCACAGCCACAGCUACGAGAACGGCGCCUCGCUGGCCACCAAGCUCAGCAACUGGUCCCAGCUCGCCCAGUUUUUUUCCAAAAGAAACUUGAAGCCUGUCCAGGAACUAAUAGAUGGGACAAUUCACUGUAAACCGGGAGCAGCAGAAAUGUUGGUACAAGACAUCUACUCAAUGCUGACAAAUGGACGAAUUAAAAAUAUUCAGGAUGAAGUUGACUUUACAGACCACUAUUAUCAGGAGCAGUUACCAAUGGUCGCCAGGUCAACAGCUUCAAAGGCUAUCAAGAAUAACAUUAAGCUAACAGAAAUAAUGAUGGAGCCCAACAUUAACAAAAAUAGACAAAAGGUUAAUGCCAUCAUCAAUAUGCAUAUGCAACGGAGACUGGUAGAGCGGGAAGAGAACCCAAAGCGGUUUAACAUUAAACCAAGCUUGGCAGAACGUGCAGUUCGUCAUCCGGUUGCUGUAGGUCCCUCUGGGAGUGCGAUUAACAUCCAGAGAGAGAAACUUUCUUUUAUAUCAAACCUAGGGCUUCCAGAAAUCAGAGGCAAAACUGGUGUUCAGUUUAAAGAAAUCCAGGUGAAACAAGCUGACAGAGGCUCUUUUACUGUGGAUAUAUAAGUGUGGCAGCUCCAAGCAUCUAGCCAAAAGGAUUCGAACUGAACACUGGAAAAAAAAAGUAUUGGAGAGACCUCAACUUUGAAAAUGUACAAGAUCACUUUAUCUCUAUAAUCCUUUGACCAUAUCCAUUGGGAGAGAAUUGCCUGAUUGGUUUCAGAGUCUGUUAAAUCAGAGCAUUAUUUUUUUCUAGUAGAUGCCAAAACAAAAUACAUAUUGGAAAUCUGAUGUUUGGAAGUGUGACAAGCUAAAUCAUCACUAAACAAAGCAGUAUCUAAAAUAUACAUCACUGUAGUUUCCCCAUUGUUAGUUG